AUGCCUAAGAACUUUCCCCUCGGCCUAGCCGGCCUGGUCAUGCUGGCCACCUCCAUCCUCUUCCUCUUCUUCAUCAUCCUCUCCGGCGUCACCAAUUCCACGCCCCUCAACAAGACGUACUUCCUGCGCGCACAUACCGAAGGCAUCACCGGCGCCCUACCCUGGUCCCAAUGGACAUACUUCUACAUCUGCGGCGACGACAACAAAGAUUGCACCAGCGCCAAGGCUGCCAUGCCUUUUGGCUGGGCCUGGGACACGCACGCCAGAAAUGUCCCCUCUGGCCUGGGCGGUGAUUACGGCAGCGGCACCACCUCCUUCAGCUACUUCUACAUGUGGCGAUUCAGCUGGGUAUUCAUCCUCAUCGCCCUGUUCUUCGAGGUCCUGGCCUUCUUCUCCGGCUUCCUCGCCUGCUGUGGCCGUCUGGGUGCCGCAAUCUCCUUCUUCGUCUCCGGCAUUGCGCUUGUCUGCCACGCCGUCGCCACGAGCUUAUUCACCGCCACCUUUGUCAUGGCCCGCGACAAGUUCCACGAUGCGGGACGUGAUGCCGAGUUGGGCGCAUACGGCUUCGGAUUUAUGUGGGGUUCUUUUACGGCUCUUUUGAUUGCGACUGUUUUGUUUGCCUUGGGAAUUCGGGGUGAUAAGACGCGCGCUACUGGCGGCGGCGGCGGUUUGUUCCGUCGCAAGAGGAGCACUCGCUCAUACGAGGGACGUCGCGUCAAGGAUGACUACUCUUAA